AUGACGAUCUGUACUUACAACGCACGCACGCUUGCAUCGGAAGCGGCCAUCGAAAAUCUGAUCAUGCAAACCAAGAAGAUCAAGUACAACGUCAUCGGACUGACCGAGACGAGACGACAUCACCCUCUCAACGCCGUAUAUGAAACUGGAGAAGAACUGUUCUUAGGAACAUGCGACAGUAGAGGUGUUGGUGGAGUUGGCGUCCUCGUCAACACGAGAACGGCAAAGAACAUCGACUCUUUCGAACAACUUACGACCCGAAUCGGACGUCUGCGGAUGAGAAGAUGUGGUCCAACACCAGCUUUGACUAUCUUCGUCGCUUACGCUCCAACAUCAAGCUACGAAGAAGAAGUCGAAGCUUUCUAUAUGGACCUGGAGAAGUUCUACUGA